AAAACACCUCCGAAAUGUGACACUGUGCAGAUAACAGUGCAGACGACCUACGGGGGUCUCACAAAAACAGCGCGCGGGCGACUGGGAGCAUCACACACGGGAAGAGGAGCCACAUCACACAGAGACAGCGAGGCAAACGAGCCAGAGUCAUCCUUUCAGAGCUGAGGAAGUAAAGGGAGUUCAAGUUUUUUACGCACAGACGCUGAGUUUUACGCGCGGCUUUAAAGAGCGUCCUUUGGCAAAAAAGACAGUCAAAGAAACUUCAUUUGGAUGAAAGACUUCCUCCAGGAUCUGACCUGCCCGCCGUGGGCCUUUGGUUUACAUUUUAUAAAUCGGCAUAAAUUAAUUUGUUGGCUCAGAACUUUGGCACGGAUCAGUCGGAUGGAGACUGAAGGGAAGAUUCUCAAGUUGGCGCCGUGAAAGUAUCGCUCAGACUCCGAGUAAAAGGCUGCUUCAUUUACCUGUAUAAACUUUCAGAAACCAGUCRCAACCAUGCCUCGUCCUGGGAAAAACUCCUACAGCGACCAGAAGCCUCCGUACUCCUACAUCUCACUGACAGCCAUGGCAAUCCAAAACUCAGCCGAGAAGAUGCUGCCUCUGAGUGACAUCUACAAGUUCAUCAUGGACCGGUUCCCGUAUUAUCGGGAGAACACCCAGAGGUGGCAGAACUCCCUGCGGCACAACCUCUCCUUCAACGACUGCUUCAUCAAGAUCCCGCGGCGGCCCGACCAGCCCGGGAAAGGCAGCUUCUGGGCUCUGCACCCGGACUGCGGGGACAUGUUUGAAAACGGCAGCUUCCUCCGGAGACGGAAGCGCUUCAAGGUGCUGCGCGCUGAGCACAUGACCUGCAAGAGUUCCCCCAUGAUGCACUACUUCCACCACCACCAUCACCACCACCACCCCGGCAGCAAGCUGGGCGCCACGUCCGGCCACCACGAGCACUCGGCCGCGCCGGCGGGCGUGGGUCGCCUCCCUCACUUUCAAGGCUACGGGGGCAUCGCGUGCGCGCAGCCCGGCGCCUUCAAACACCCGUUCGCCAUCGAGAACAUCAUAGGGAGAGACUACAAGGGUGUGGUGGCCAGCGGGCUUCCCCUCACCUCCGUCAUGCACCACCUGGGUUACCCAGUGCCCCCUCAGCUCAGCAGCGUGGUGAACUCCAUGUGGCCGCACGUGGGGAUGCUGUCGGAGUCCAUGAGCGGCGUGCCCGUGCCCGCAGCAUCCUCAGAGUACGCGCCCUUCAGCGUCUCGGCCAAGGGCCUUUACCACAACGCCAACGGGCAGACGCUGCCUGCCGUUCCCGUGCCCAUAAAACCCACCCCGUCCUUGGGUCCGGUUCCCGGUUUGGCUGGGCUGCAGGGCGCUCCGGCCCARCUCUGCUCCCCAGCAUCGGUGAUGGAGAAGAGAGACCUGCUGGAGGGGAAAGGGAACCCGCUGCACCCGGCUCUGCUGCUGUCCUAACCGGGUAAACUGCGGGCUGGUUCUAGAAAAAGGAAGAUUGAGACGAGUUUUAAACUUCACGGUUUAAGUGCCGCUGUGAGAGGGUUUGUAAAAAACUUUUUUAACAUUGUAAGRAUUUUUGUUGUUGUUGAUUGAGUCACUAUUUUUUGCACACUUGGUGAGGGCAUUUACCACAUGUGGCUCUCUAUUAAAUCUAAUCAGAGAAGAAGACGCGCUAAACCCAAAGAAAGCUUUUAUUGUAGGAGACAACCUGUUUCACUUCAGCCAAACACAUGUUUAGAUAUCUUGCUGUGUUUCCCUGUAACAUAUGACAAGUCUGAUAAAGACAAAUAGGCCUUCGUGCUUUUUUAAAAGUAUAAAUUAGGCCUGUUGCACUUUUUUUCUGUGUUAUUCAGCUGUUCAUUGCUUGUAUUAUAACGCUAUUUAUCUGCAGAUAUUUAUAAAGAAUUUGAA